CCAUUCUCUAUCCACCCACCCACGCCGCCGCCAUGCUCCCCAGCAGAGGAAUUGUGCGCUCCCUGCCCUCAGGGGCGUUCCAGAGGCAACUAUCCAGUCAAUCCAUCUCGAGGACUAUUCCCCGACGACUCGGAGAUGGCCGACAAUUCGGAACUGCCAUGAAGAGCCCUCGCGCUGCCUUGUUGGCUGGCUCGCGGGUUGGCGCGAAAGGUGUUGCGGCACCCGCCGUUCUGGGCGGUGCUAGGACCUUGUCGCUCUGGGGUUAUGGAAAGAAGAGUGAGCCGGCAGUAACUGAGGCCGUGACGACGACGACGACAACUCCGACAACCCCCGAAAUCCCUGUGCAAACGACCGUGGUUUCUCCUGCGGCUUCUGACGCCGUGGCCACGCCCGCCGAGAUCGUCGCCGUUGCCCCUCCGGCUGCUGUUGACACCCCCGUCCUCCCCACCGACCUUGACCUCGCUUCCAUCGCCGACCUGGGAAGCGCCUCCAUCCUCAACAUGCCCGAGGGCCUGGGCUUCCUCUCGGCGCUCGGCCUCGACUAUGGCUGGGGCCCGACCUCAACGAUGCAAUGGCUGCUCGAGCACGUCCACGUUUACAGCGGCUGGGGCUGGGGUGGCUCCAUCAUCGCCACGGCCCUGCUUCUGCGUGCCGUCAUGUUCUACCCGCAGGUCCGCAGCUUGCGCUUCAACGCCGCCAUGAACCUGAUGCGCCAGGAUCCCCGCGGAAAGGAAGCCCUCGAGCUUGUCAAGAAGGGCUACCAGACUGGAGACCGCGAGAUCCUCCAAAAGGGCCAGUUCCUCAACAAGAUGGUCCGCGAGCAGUACGGCGCCUACAACUCUGGCAUGCUGUGGUCCUUUGUGCAGAUCCCCUUCAGUUUCGGUCUGUUCCGAAUCAUCAGCGGCAUGUCCAACAUCCCCGUGCCCUCCCUGGAGACCAGCGGCUACCUCUGGUUCUCCGACCUGACCUCGUCGGACCCUUACUUCAUCCUGCCCGCCCUGGGUUCUGGUCUCCUGUUCGGUGCUAUGAUGGUCAACUCCAAGUAUGCGCCCGCUAGCCAGAAGGCCAUGAUGAAGAAGAUGAUGUGGGUCUUUGGUACCGUCGGCUUCAUCGGUACUACCUUCCUCUCCGCCGGUGUCAACCUCAUGAUGGUGUCUACCGGUGCCGCCACCCUCCUCCAGGCCGUUGUCCUCAACAACGCCACCAUCCGCCGUGCUGUCGGCCUGCCCAUCCUCAAAGUCGAUGAGGUCAAGUACGAGGCCCCCCGCCCCACCAGCCCUGGCAUCACCGGCCUCCGUGAGCGCCUCACCAACAACCUGGGUGACAUGAAGAAGAGCGUCACCGAUCAGGUUGGCAGCUACACCGGCAACUACGCUGGCACCGAGGCGGAGCGCGCCGAGAAGAAGCGCAAGGAAACCAUGCGCAAGCUUGAGACUAUGCGCAAGCAGCUCGAGCGCGACGAGUUCCAGAAGAAGUACAAAGGCCAGUAAAAUAUCACGUCCCGCCUGUACCAUUUCGAAGCCAAGGAAGCAAGCCAGCGAUCGCGCGACCAAGGGGAAACAGAGGUUACACGGAGUAAGGACACGGAGAAUCUAAAAGAGGCGGCAGCCGUUGCAUGGGCCUGUGUAAAUAUAGCGGGUGGGCGGAAGAGAUUGGGUCCUUGGAAAGCAUCUCCCCCGUCCGGAGCGGACGGGGGUUCAUUGUACAAUUAGAGAGGCAUGGGGAAGCGAGAAAAGCUCCCCCUCUGGCGCUGGAAAUGAUGAGAAAUGUACAAGUGUAUAGGUGUACAUGUACAGUGUAAUAACCUGGGAACUCCCAUCCUCAAACAAUGAAGAAACUAGAUAUGAAU